AUGACAACACAAUCGAUACCUACAAAAGAAGCAUUGGUAGUUAUAUUAGAUAUUGGGCUUGGUAUGCAUCAACAUAGCAAUACAAACAAACAAUAUACAACAACACCAAUCGAAGAAGCAUUGAAAUCAGCUACUUUAUUAUAUCAACAAAAACUAUUAUAUGGUAAAAAAGAUGAACUUGGUGUUGUUUUGAUCGGUACAAAAGAAACAAAGAACAAUCUACAGAAGGAUGGAUAUCAUCAUAUCACCACUCAAACAGAGAUAGAAGAGCCAACACUAGAGACACUAAAGUUCUUGGAACAGUUGAAACCAGGUCAAUCACGUGGUGACAUCAUCGAUGCACUCAUCGUAGCAAUGGAUAUGUUAAUACAUAAAACAGCCAAAAAGAAAUAUCAGAAACGUAUAUUCUUGGUAACAAACUGUUACGAUCCUAUAAACAAAGAUGAUCUUUCAACAUUACGUGAUCAAUUUAAAAAGAUUGAUGUAAAAUUAAAUAUAAUUGGUGUAGACUUUACAGAUGAAGAGGAAUUAGAGAAUAAGAUUAAAUUAACAAAGAAAGAAGAGAAUGAAAAGUUUUUAAGAGAGUUUGCAGAGAGUGUCGACGGUGUGUUGGUACCUGUUAAACAAGCGUUGGAGAUGAUGAGCUUCUUUAGAUCACAGUCGGUGUUACAGAGAACAGUGUUUAGAGAUACCGGUGUGGUCGUUUAUGAAGACAAAGAUUCAGAGUUUACCGACGCUUGGAAAGGUGUCGACAGUGGCGCGACAGCAAAAGGAAGAGCAACCAGAUGCCAGAAUAACAACAGAGGUCAAACAGGAGAAGCUUUACUAUUCGAUAAGCGAUCCCGAUACAGAGUUGGACUAUUCAGAGUUACUGAAAGGAUUCAAAAGGUACCGAUCUAUCAUAAUAAAGGAUCGACAGAGAUGAUGGUUUCACCACCUGGUGAUAAAGUUGCACGUUCAGCACUAUCGUCACUGAUCCACGGAAUGGCUGAAACCAAGCAAGCACUGCUGGCGCGUUAUGUCAAGAGAAAUGGAAGUUCACCAUCGAUUGCAUUGCUAUAUCCACAUAUCAAAGCCAACUAUGAAAGUCUCUAUGUUUGUCAACUUCCAUUCUUGGACGAUUUGAAACAAUAUCAAUUCCCACCGAUCGCACCAACCAACCCGGCAACAAGAAAACCAUACAUUCCAACAGCGGAGCAAGUCGAUGCUGCUCGAGCGCUCAUCGAUUCGAUGGACUUGAUGACAGCUGAAGAAGAUGAAGAUCACCAAAAGAUAGCAGCACUACGUCCACGGUUCACAUAUAAUCCAUCACUGCAACACUUCUACCAGUGUCUGCACCAUCGAGCACUUCAUCCGGAAUCACAACUUCCAAAACUCGAUCCAAUCAUCUCAAAGUAUAUCAAUCCCGACGAAGCGAUUAUGGAGAAUGCACAAGAUGCAAUAAAGAACUUCCAAAUACUUUUUCCACUCACGAAAACCACCAACUUUAAAUCGGAACCGAAAUAUCGAUGGCAAGAUGGAAUGUUGGUCGAACAACAACAAGAGAUUCGUUUGGAUUCCUAUGUGACAGACGAUACCAACUCAUCGAAGAAGAGAAAGGCAGACGAUCUUGCAGAUUACUCGCUCGACAAGUUGGUUUCUGGUUACGUCAAUGAAGUCGGUUCGAUCAAUCCAGUGCAGAACUUCAAAGAUAUGUUGGCAAGACGUGAUAUCGAUCUGGUAGACAAAGCGAUAUCAUUAAUGAAACAACGUAUUGUCCAACUGGUAAACGAUUCACUCAAAGAUCAAUUCUAUCAGAAGGCAUUGGAGUGUGUCGUUGCACUUCGUCGUGGAUCUAUCAAAGAAUCAGAAUCAUUGGUAUUCAACCAAUUCCUCCGUGAACUUCGUGAUUAUUAUGAAUCAAAGAAGCGUGAUGACUUUUGGCAACUGAUCGUUACAAAUCAGAUCGGAUUGAUCACAAACGAUGAAAGUGAUGACAGUGAAAUCACUGAAAAAGAAUCAAAAGAAUUCCUCGGUUCUAAACGCAAGACCAUUGCAAUCAACAACAAUCAACCAUCGAAAUCUGAUUCUGUUGAUGAUCUUUUCGAUCAAAUCGAAUAA